AUGAAGACAUUUCUCGACGUAGUCAAAGACUGUGACAACUUCCCCUAUCCCGAUCCUGGGAACAGCCAUGCCUACGAGGAACAACUGAGCACGCUGUGGACGUUCCAUCUCCCUGACGACAUUAGACCCCAUGGCUUUCUGCUCGACUGGGUGGUUCAAAGCAUGCCGUGGACGGAGGAUUUCCAGUUGAACUCCUCCCAGCGACAGGUUCAUCUGUUACGGCGCCGUGAUGCAGCGAACUGGCAAGAACUGUGCUCACAGAGCAUCGACCAAGUGCUUGACCUUGCUAGAGAGCAAAAUAUCUUCCCUUCUCUAGGUCAAAAACGCGAUGAACGAUUCUCCGUCAUUGGAGCCAAGUUCCCCGUGUCCAUUGAACGAUCUGCCAUCUCUCUGUUUGGCAUUGUCGGGUGCGGCGUCCAUUUAACCGUCUACACACGAGCACCGCCGACAGAAUCAGAGCCGGAACCCAGAAUCAAGCUAUGGAUUCCGCAGCGCAACUUCAAUAAAUCGACGUAUCCCGGUAUGCUGGACAACACGGUCGCGGGCGGAGUGGCAGAGGGCGAGAUCCCCUUUGACUGUCUCGUCCGCGAGGCGUCUGAAGAAGCUGCCCUGAGCGAAUCAUUGAUCCGAACCAAAGCCCGGUCGGCAGGGACAGUGACCUGGUUCAACAUCAGCGACGAGAGGGCGGGUGGGAUUCCUGGUCUUAUGAAUCCGGGUCUGUUGUACGUGUACGAUAUGGAGGUGGGAUCUGAUGUAGUCUUCACGCCUGUCGAUGAUGAUAUCCAUGAGUUCCAUCUUAUGGAUGUCAACCAGGCCAAACAGGCCAUGCUGGAUGGGCGGUUCAAACCGGCGAGUGCGAACGUUUUACUUGAUUUUCUGAUCCGACAUGACCUCAUCACCGCCGAUGAAGAGGAGGAUUACGCCGAGAUCGUAUCGAGACUGCACCGAAAACUGCCUUUCUAA